UUUUGCUAAGCUGUUAGCAAGCUAGGUGAUGCCGAGAGACAAUCCUAGCGGAUUUUGCAGGAGGCAAUAAUGCAUAAAAAUUUUAUGACAGACUUUUGAGAAUUUUGUAGAUGGGCACAGCUGUGCAAGUUUAAAAACAUUAACUUUAGAAAACAACAACAACCCGCCGUGGUUACUACAUUACCGAUAGCUGUGUUUASAAUAAUAAUUUCUAAAUAACCUGUUCAAGUUUUGUCGAAAUGAUCCUCUCACGCGCGAAGCCAGCUGUGGGAGGAGAGACUCAGGUGAGCAUCGGUGACAGAAAGAAGAAAAACAAAACCAAGGUUCCCACUUUGGAGGAAUACCUGCAGCAGAGAGACUACCUCGGAGCCUUGACAUUGUUAGAGUUCCAGCGGAGCAUUGGAGAGAAAGAGGAGCAUGCAGACCUCUGGAUUGGCUACUGCGCCUUUCACCUUGGUGAUUACAAGAGAGCCAUGGAGGAGUACAAAAGCUUGACCAUGAAACCUGAUUGCCCAGCUGAGGUGUGGGACUAUUUGGGCUGUGCUCUGUUUUUUCUGGGGCUUUACAAAGAAGCUGAAGAGACUGCUUCAAAAGCCCCAAUGUCCCCCCUCCAGAACCGACUGCUUUUUCACUUGGCUUACAAGUUUAACGAUGAAAAGAGACUCAUGGGUUUCCACCAGAACCUAAAGGACGUGACAGAGGACCAGCUGAGCUUGGCAUCCAUCCACUACAUGCGCUCACACUACCAGGAAGCUAUCGACGUCUAUAAACGCCUUCUCCUGCAAAACAGAGAUUACCUGGCUCUAAAGGUGUACGUGGCUCUGUGUUACUACAAGCUGGACUACUACGACGUGUCCCAGGAGGUGCUGGCCGUGUACCUGCAGAACAUCCCCGACUCAACCACCGCUCUGAACCUCAAGGCCUGCAACCACUACAGGCUUUACGACGGCAAGGCAGCUGAGGCUGAGUUGAAGAAUCUAAUCGACGUCUCUUCCUGCUCCUUUGAGUUUGCAAAAGAGCUCAUUCGACACAACCUGGUGGUAUUUCGUGGUGGCGAGGGGGCGUUACAGGUGCUUCCCCCUCUGAUCGACGUGAUCCCUGAAGCGAGACUCAACCUGGUCAUUUACUAUCUGAGACAGGAUGAUGUACAGGAAGCUUACAACCUCAUCCAAGAUUUGGUUCCCUCCACACCUCAGGAGUACAUUUUGAAAGGAGUGGUGAACGCCGCUCUUGGACAGGAGCUUGGAUCAAGGAAACAUUUGAAAAAUGCUCGGGAGUUCUUUCAGCUGGUUGGAGGCUCGGCGAGCGAAUGUGACACUAUUCCUGGCAGACAAUGCAUGGCUUCCUGCUUCUUCCUCUUAAAACAGUUCGAAGAUGUUCUCGUUUAUCUCAACUCCGUCAAGAAUUACUUCUACAAUGAUGAUACGUUUAACUUUAACUACGCCCAGGCUAAAGCAGCGCUCGGCAACUACAAAGCUGCAGAGGAGAUUUUUCUUCUUAUUCAGAGCGAAAAGAUCAAGAAUGACUACAUUUACAUCAGCUGGCUGGCACGAUGCUACAUAAUGAACCAGAAGGGUCAGCAUGCCUGGGAGCUCUAUCUGAAAAUGGGCACUUCUUCAGAUUCCUUCAGCCUGCUGCAGCUUAUUGCCAACGACUGCUACAAGAUGGGCCAGUUCUACUACGCUGCCAAAGCGUUUGACGCUCUGGAGAAGCUGGACCCGGGCUCUAAUUACUGGGAGGGCAAACGAGGGGCAUGUGUCGGCGUCUUUCAGCUCAUACUGGCAAACAAGGAGCCCAAGGAGAAACUUAAAGAGGUUCUGGUCCUGCUACGAAAUUCAGGAAACCCUCAGGUUGAGUACAUCAUCCGAGCUCUGAGAAAGUGGGCCAAAGACAACAGAGUCCUCCUCUCAUGACCGAACUCAGAUCUGAUCCACCGUCGGCUGAAUGGACCGAAGGAGUUCUAUUUGAGACACAAACAUUUAUCUGGCCAAGCAGUGGGAUUUCUGUGAAAACAUUUAUGUUUAGACCCUAUUUUUCUGUAAGUAAAUCCAUGUUUCUAAUAAAAUAUAACUUUACACUUUGA